AAAAUCAGUAUGCAGUGGGUAAACAAUCUCUGUGCCGCCUUGCAAAUAUCUCUGAAAGAUAAGGGACCCAAGAAUUUUGGGAACACCAAGCAGGUGGACGCUGGAAGUUGUUUCUAAAUGGAGCUGAUUCUGCCUACCCCCUUGUUUGCCACCUUCCCCAAGAUAAUUAGGGAUCCUAAGCCCAACAACCAUGGCCUUUGCUUGUUGGACUCCAAUUGUCUUUCAGCAGAUGUGAAACUACAAGGUGGAAGAAGAACAUUGACUAUAGCUUCUUCUCUACCCGAAACAGCAGCUUCUGUGGCUAUUGCUGCUACAGUUGUAGGUGCAGCAGCCACCUUCCUUUCCCGAAGAAACAAAGAUUCUCAGGCAGUAGAGGUUCCUUUGAUAACAUGUGAAGAUUGUGGUGGUUCAGGCUUAUGUUCUGAAUGCAAAGGUGAAGGGUUUGUGCUGAAGAAACUGUCAGAUGAAAGUGCAGAGCGAGCGAGGUUGGCUGCGAAGAAUAUGGCCACUCGAUUCACUGCAGCGCUUCCUAAAAAAUGGAGUUACUGUUCCAAGUGCUCUUCUGCUCGUUCUUGUAGUACUUGUGGUGGCAGUGGGACGUUGAACUCUUAGUCAGAAAUUCUAAUAGAGAUGAAAUCUUUACAAACGUACAUGAGAGUUAAGACCACAAACUGAUGGUUUUAUUGUUUUUAAAGGUGGUUUGACUUCAUCCUUUUUUGAGCUUGCUGGAUCAGUUUGUAGUUAAAAAGUAUUGUAAAUAUUAACGUCUAAUAUGUAAUAAUAGUACAAGUCAUUCAAUGUUAGGAACAACAGGAAAGACAAUAAGUCAAACUGAGAGAACAACAAAAAUGUAAAGGCAAAAGUUAAC